AGCUGGGUUAGCUUUAACGCAAACAGAGCGCGCACUUGCUAGUUAGCUAAAUAGGUAACGUUACCCAGCUGAAUAAGAUGAACAAUGCCGCCGUGGGUGAGGAAUCAAAAGUAAUCUUCUGGACAGCUUCCUUGCGGCCCCACUGUCAAACCACGAUGAUUACCAGAAGAAGAGGGCGCGUUGUGAACAACACAGAGGUGCAUCCUCAGGAGGUUGAAGUGGUAGAUGUUGUGGAAACUGUCGAAGAUCUCCCAUGUCCAUAUGAGGGGUUCCCAGCUGACGAUAUUAACACCGCUGGAAUUGAGCUAGAUGACCUGUUUGGAAUUGAAGACUUAAAAUGGACACUUGAAAGAAAUACUACGUCCUCGCUCUUCGAUAUUGAGUUGGCGGAUCUUGGCGUGUGCAGUGCCAAAGACCAAGAUUCCGAGAUCGAUGUUUCAACCGCCUCAUCUCCAGAGAGAAUGUCAUCCGACUCGAAGAUUAACAACAGGAAAAACCAGUCAAGUCACAUGAUCAACAAAAAUGCCAUCGCUGCCAGAUUGAAUCGUCUCAGGAAGAAAGAAUAUGUAGACAGCUUGGAGAAGAAAGUUGGCAUCCUGUCGUCAGAAAACAACGUGCUCAAACAGGAAAAUUCUCAGCUGACUAAGAGAGUGGAAGAGUUGGAAGAUGAGACCAGGUACCUGAGAGCUGUGCUGGCCAAUGAGAGCAUGUUAGCCCAGCUCUUGUCCAGGCUGAGCGGUGUGAAUGGGAUGAAAUUAUCUUCUUCGCUUUUCCAGGGGCCCGACUCGAACGACCAUGACUAUGCCUUACCCAGGAAGCGUGUGAAAGUGGAGGAGAAAGAGACAGCCGGUGGCGUGUGUCUGCAUGUGGACAAGAACCACGUCUCAGUGGAGUUCUGCACCAAGUGUGCAGAGAGUGCAAGCACGUCGCUCAAAAUGUAGGGUCAAGUACUUAUCUCUGUUUUCAGAUUUUGAGACUGAACUUGCUAUGACUCUGUACUGAACUUCUUGAGGGUUGGAUGAACACUGUUGAAUUAGUUUAAGAUUACCUAAGAACUGCUCAAUGUGCAUGUGUAUUUUGUGAAAUGAUGGAUUGAAUACACGUUACUGCUAAACCUUGUUGACAGUUUCUUCUAGGUAAUGGUUGAUCCACCAUGCGGGAUGAGUGGCUUUCUGAACAUCUUUACCCGCUUGACUCCAUGUGGAUUCUGCUGGUGGAAGGGGAAGAGGCUGGACAAGCUGCUGCCAACGUGGCCUGGUAUUUUUUUAAAGGUAGUAUCGGUAACAAAUGGUAUACGUAAUUAUAUUUUACCAAUACUCCACAACAUCUGUAGCUCUUGUCAGCGUCAACUCAUGCAUUGAUGUGCUUGACUGCUGCUGCUCCAUUACUAGAGAUGCUAUCAGAGGCUUAAUAGCCUCAUCAUGUCUUGAUAUAUUGGAAUGUAUUAUUUAAAUGCAUCCAAAAUUAUCUGAAUAAGUGGUGAAAUUGCCAGUUUUGUGUAAUUAAAUGUAAAUGUGUAUAUAACUUUGAAUACAUUUUGUUUGAGGCAAAUGGCCUUGAUGUUGGACAAAUAAAUCAUAUUUUCAUUAUGUUUGAGUU